UUCCCCCUGCUGUCACUGGUUGCUUAACAGUCAACAUGGCCGCUGCGAUUUGUGCGAGACUCCUCCUGCAGAGAUCAACUCAGGGUUCUCUCUUCUCCUCCAGAGCUGUACCUGCUUUCUCAAGCCCAUUUCUGUCUCGUGGUCAUCGACUGGGUCCCAGUGAUGAUGAGAUGUACCAGCGUACCACAGUGUCCGUCAUGCAGAAGGAGCCGGACAGCGGGGUCAUGAUCAACAGCUACAGUUCCCGAGGAUUCAACAUCGACGGCAACAAAGUGUUUGGGCCGUGCGCUGUGUUGCCUCCUGCUAUCCUGCAGUGGAAUGUUGGCAGUUAUAAAGACAUCACAGAAGAAAGCGUGUCACUUUUCCACAUGCUUGAACCCAGAAUAGAGAUUCUUGUGCUGGGCACAGGCGCACGACUUGAACGAAUUAAUCCCUCAGUGUUGGCGCUGCUGAAGAAAAAAGGCAUUGCUGUGGAGGUUCAAGACACGCCAAAUGCAUGUGCCACCUUCAACUUCCUGACUAGUGAGCGAAGAAUAGCAGCUGCUGGUCUGAUCCCUCCACCGAUCAGCACAGCUCUGGACGUGACAAAGGAAUAGGUGUUCUGAUGUGAACAGAAACUAGGACUGUUUCCUGCAGAUAGAGGUUACACGUCCAUGAAUGAUCUCAGGCCUGUGUGAUGGUUAUUUUUCUUCUGCAUCAAGCUCCCAAAGAAACAAACUUACUGAUGUCCAGCUCCGAUAUUUGGUUAUUGUUAUUGAUCCGCUGCCAGUUUUAGAUCCUGCUCAAAUGUUUGACAAUAGUUUUAUGUAAUAAUGUUGUUGGUUCUCCUGCUACCAUUUCAAGAACUCAAAAUGUAGUUUGUACAUAAACAUAACAGCAGUGUUAAAAUGUGUGUUUGCACAUUCAGGUGAAUGUAGUCAAGUGUGGACACCAAUGAUGCAGAAUUAAACUGUAAUAAAGUGUCACUGUUUUCUUGUAUAUAAGCACAAGUGUAUAAAAUAUGUAUUUAAAUGAUUUACAUGCAAAAAAACA